AAAGCCGUUUUAAUCUUGGAGUACCUUAAGAAGACGAUCGCAAAAAUGUGAGGGGAGACUAGGGUACGGUGUGCUAUAGUGUUACAUGCAUUUUUUUAAUUGGUUUCAACAAAUCGCACAGUAAGAAUAUACCGGCCAUGGGCGUCGAGGUGUUGUCAUUCUUUCCUGCCUCUGUCACUCAUUGUGAAAGGUUAUCAUCAUCACUUCAAGCUAGCACAAGGGGAGGAAUUGAUCUUGGAACCUCAGAGUUUAAGCCUUCUAGAUUUGCUAGCAAUUUAAGCCCAAUAAGCAGGGCACUUGCUUCAACACAAGGCACAACUCAUUUCAAUGGACUAAACAUGAAGUAUCCAUUUGACAAAAGAAUGAUUACAAAGGGAGCUCUUUGUAGAUUGAAUUCAUCAAAAACUGAUUUUUAUGAUGGAAUUCAUUCCCAGUGGGAAAAGAGUUUACCUUCGGUGAUUAAAAAGACAGGUUCUGUAACCCAGAUUUCAUGCUCUUUAAAGACUUUUAUGACAGAAAAAAAUCCCACUUUAGUUCGUGAUCUGCUUGUUGAGCAGGAAAAAGUAGGCGUUUUGUUGUUAAAUCUUGGAGGACCAGAGACGCUUCAGGAUGUGCAACCAUUCUUGUUCAACUUAUUUGCAGACCCGGACAUUAUACGUCUACCUAGAUCAUUCCGUUUUCUUCAAAAGCCUUUGGCACAGUUAAUUUCUGUGAGUAGAGCUCCCAAGAGCAUGGAAGGAUAUGCUGCCAUUGGUGGGGGUUCACCUCUUCGAAGGAUAACAGAUGAACAGGCCAUUGCAUUGGAGAAAGCUCUUGAAGAGAAGCAAGUACCUACCAAAGUGUAUGUAGGAAUGCGUUACUGGCAUCCAUUUACGGAAGAAGCAAUUGAGCAGAUCAAGAGUGAUGGAGUCACUAAACUUGUUGUCCUUCCACUCUAUCCUCAAUUUUCAAUUUCCACUAGUGGUUCAAGUCUCCGUCUUCUAGAAAGCAUUUUCAGGGAAGAUGAGUAUCUGGUGAGGAUGCAACACACAGUAAUACCUUCCUGGUAUCAGCGAGAAGGAUAUAUUAAAGCUAUGGCAAAUUUAAUUGAGAAAGAGUUGCAGAAGUUUGAAAGGCCAACAGAGGUUAUGAUAUUUUUCAGUGCACAUGGGGUGCCACUUGCUUAUGUUGAGGAGGCUGGUGAUCCAUAUAAGGCAGAGAUGGAAGAGUGUGUGGAAUUGAUUAUGAAUGAACUCAAGGCACGGGAUAUUACCAACAAUCACACUCUUGCAUAUCAGAGCCGAGUUGGACCUGUAGAAUGGCUGAAGCCUUAUACUGAUGACACUAUCAAACAGCUAGGGCUCCAAGGAGUGAAAAGUCUUCUUGCAGUCCCUAUCAGCUUUGUUAGUGAGCACAUUGAGACACUCGAGGAAAUUGACAUGGAGUACAAAGAAUUGGCCCUUGAAUCUGGUAUUAAGAACUGGGAGCGUGUUCCAGCUCUGGGUUGUGAACCCACCUUCAUUUCAGACUUGGCAGAUGCAGUAAUUGAGGCUCUUCCAUAUGUAGGAGCAAUGGCAGUGUCAAACCUUGAGGCUCGGCAGUCUCUUUUACCACUGGGCAGUGUGGAAGAGCUGCUAGCUACCUAUGACUCACAACGGAGAGAAUUGCCACCACCUGUUACUGUGUGGGAGUGGGGUUGGACAAAGAGUGCAGAAACAUGGAAUGGAAGAGCAGCCAUGCUGGCAGUUCUUGUUUUGCUGUUUUUGGAAGUCACAACAGGUCAAGGUUUCUUGCAUCAGUGGGGCAUACUACCACUGUUCCGCUGAUGUGCUGUAGUUCUUUGUAUGUUGUAAAGGCUUAAUUAAUGGUUUAAUAAGACGAUUUUUUUUUCACUUGGUAGCUGCUCGCAGAAUAUUGCAUGCCAGUGCCUGUGGAGUUGAAAACUUGGAAGACAUGCUUGGUACUUUUAAGUUCAACAUAUAUGGAAAUUAUUAUCAGCACAUCCACAAAAAGUCAAAACAUUAUGGAAAAUGACCGGAUGAAAUAGUUUUGUUUUUGAGUGUGUGGUUAGGUAAUUUGGUUAAUGAUGUAUUUAUGUAUAUUGUUGGAUUUUAUCAAUAGCCUAGUGCAAUUAAUCGCUGUAUUUUAAAAAAAGGAUUCUAAUUCAACUGUGUAAUUUCUGGCUCUUUAGAGAAAAAAUGAAUACCAAGGAGAAGUACGCAACAUGAUUUUCUUCA